AUGAGGUUUUCUAUGUUAAUCGGGUUUAAUUUAUUAACUGCCUUGAGCAGCUUCUGUGCUGCCAUAUCAGCUAAUAAUAGCGACAAUGUCGAACAUGAACAGGAAGUUGCGGAGGCGGUAGCGCCACCUUCUAUUAAUAUAGAGGUGAAAUAUGAUGUCGUUGGGAAGGAAUCAGAAAAUCAUGAUUCUUUCCUUGAGUUUUACGCGGAGGAUACCGCUACCUUAGCCUAUAAUGUUACUAAUUGGGAAGAUACUAAUAUCACAAUUUUUGGUGUCAACGGAACAAUUGUUACAUAUCCACAUGGUUAUCCUGUGGCGGACAUUACAGGUGCGAGUAUUGGGCCUUACGAAAUGGAGGUCAACGGAACUUCAAAAUUCGGGCAAGACGUUACGUUAAAUUUACCGGAAGGACAAUACUUUUUAAUCCCAUUUUUAUUAGCUUCUAGGUUCGAUGAAAUCGUGAGAAUUGCGGCACCACCAACCCUAUUCGAAAUUGUUAGCCCACCUAUUUCCUUUUUCAACCCACAAUUUUUAUCAGUUCAGGUCAUCUUUCUAGCCAUCAUCGGAGGUGUAAGUUAUUACUACAUGAAGUCUAAAACAAAUCAAAGACCUUCCAAGAAGAGUGCCACUGUCAAAAAAGUUGAUGAAUCAUGGUUGCCAGAAACCUAUAAAAAAUAA